UCACCCCCUCCCCUCCUAUCCUCCCUCUCCCUCUCCCUCUCCCCCUCGCCCUCCAUCUUCCGUCUCUCUGUAAAGAUCGCCAUUGCAGCUCCGGUGGGAGUUCUCGAAGAUUCUCAACAAAUUUACAGCGCCGGCCCUUCUGCGAAUCUCUUUCCGGUGGAAGAAUCAAAUUGGAAGAACAGAAAGAUGGAAAUGCAGCAAUACUGUGCACAUGAAUGGAAGUCCAUCUUAGGUGCAACAGCCGAUUCUGAAAAUUCUAAAGGCGGCUUUGACUGCAAUAUCUGCUUAGACUUUGCACACGAGCCAGUGGUCACCCUCUGUGGCCAUCUGUACUGCUGGCCUUGCAUCUACAAAUGGCUUCACGUCCAGAGCGCCUCCCUUGCGUCUGAUGAGUGCCCUCAGUGCCCUGUUUGCAAGACCGAGAUAUCACACACCACCAUGGUCCCCCUUUAUGGCCGUGGCCAAACAACUUCAGAAGCUGAGCUCAAAGGAAAGGCACCCUCCCGGGGAAUAAUAAUACCUCCCAGACCAUCAGCAUGGGAUGCACAAGCUCUUCUAUCUAACUCACCUCGUAAUGGUCAGCAACUUCCAUAUCGUAACCCUUAUCAGAACCAACAAUAUAGCUCUCAUCCCUACAGCAGUUAUGAGGAACAAUCUUCCUCACCACUGCUUAGCCUCGGAGGCACAACGUUAGCUGGUAUCAACCAUCCGAUGGCUGGUCUAUUUGGGGAGAUGGUUUAUGCAAGGGUGUUCGGAAACUCUGAGAGCUUAUACGCGUAUCCAAAUUCGUACCACCUAACGGGCAGUAGUAGUCCAAGGUUGAGAAGGCACGAGAUGCAGGCAGAAAAGUCCCUAAACAGAAUUUCGUUCUUCCUCUUCUGUUGCUUGCUUUUGUGCCUUAUUGUUUUCUGAAUAUAGUGUAGUAGUAUAUAGGUCAUUCUUCCUCUCCCUCCAGCCAUUUUGUAUACUGUAUAAAUAGGUAUGAACGUCCUCUUGAAUAUAAAUAGAUGAGAUGAGAUGUGCAUUAUAUGAGUAAUAUUAGAGCUUUUGUCGAGAGUCAUCGACAUUUCCAUUU